CCCAAGUUCAGAAUAACCCUGAGGACCAGACAGCAGGAUGGCAGGGGCCCUGCUCAGCGCCCUGUUCCUCUUGCAGCUUCUCGGCCGAGGCGAGGGGAAGAACGAGGAGUUGCGCCUUUAUCACCAUCUUUUCGACAAUUAUGACCCACAGUGCAGGCCAGUGAGGAGGCCCGAGGACACGGUCAGCAUCAACCUCAAGGUCACCCUGACCAACCUCAUCUCACUGAACGAGAAAGAGGAGACCCUCACCACCAGCGUCUGGAUUGGAAUCGACUGGCACGAUUACCGCCUCAACUUCAGUAAGGAGGACUUUGGGGACAUAGGCACCCUGCGGGUCCCAGCACAACACGUAUGGCUACCAGAGAUUGUGCUGGAAAACAACAUCGACGGCCAUUUCGGCGUGGCCUACGACUGCAACGUGCUGGUCUCCGAGGGCGGCUACGUGAGCUGGCUGCCCCCCGCCAUCUACCGCAGCACCUGCGCCGUGGAGGUCUCCUACUUCCCCUUCGACUGGCAGAACUGCUCGCUCGUCUUCCGCUCUCAGACGUACAAUGCCCAAGAGGUGGAGUUCGCCUUUGUGGUGGGAGAUGACGGCGAACCCAUCAGCAAGAUCGAUAUUGACACGGAGGCCUACACCGAGAACGGCGAGUGGGCCAUCGACUUCUGCCCCGGGGAGAUCCGCCGCCAGGACAGAGACCCCGCUGACGGUCGCGGGGACUUUGACAUCGUAUACUGGCUCAUCAUCCGCCGGAAGCCGCUCUUCUACAUCAUUAACAUCAUCGUGCCCUGCGUGCUCAUCUCGGGCCUGGUGCUGCUCCCCUACUUCCUGCCGGCGCAGGCCGGCGGCCAGAAAUGCACCGUCUCCAUCAACGUCCUGCUCGCCCAGACCGUCUUCCUGUUCCUAAUUGCCCAGAAAAUCCCAGAGACGUCUCUGAGCGUGCCGCUGCUGGGCAGGUACCUCAUCUUCGUCAUGGUGGUGGCCACGCUCAUUGUCAUGAAUUGCGUCUUCGUGCUCAACGUGUCUUUGCGGACGCCCGCCACUCACGCCACGUCCCCGCGGCUGCGCCACGUCUUGCUAGAGCUGCUGCCGCGCCUCCUGGGCUCGGGCGCGCCCCCGGAGGCCCCCGGGGCAGCCUUGCCCCCAAGGCGGGCAUCGUCCGUGGGCCUAUUGCUCCGCGCCGAGGAGCUGAUACUGAAAAAGCCGCGGAGCGAGCUCGUGUUUGAGGGGCAGAGGUACCGGCACGGCACCUGGACCGCUGCCCUCUACCAGAGCCUGGGCGCCGCCGCCCCCGAGAUCCGCUGCUGUGUGGAUGCCGUGAACUUCAUGGCCGAGAGCACGCGAGACCAGGAGGCCAGCGGCGAGGAGGUGUCCGACUGGGUGCGCAUGGGGAAGGCCCUGGACAACAUCUGCUUCUGGGCGGCGCUGGUGCUCUUCAGUGUGGGCUCCAGCCUCAUCUUCCUGGGGGGCUACCUAAACCAGGUGCCCGACCUGCCCUACCCACCGUGCAUCAAGACCUGAGCUGGUGCCGCACCGAUUUCAACUUUCCUGUCCAUCUCCAGGAGGAAAUAGAUUUUGAAAAACAAGUUGCUACCACUGCUAUAUUAUUUACCGCCACGGAUAAUAAGUCAGUAUUUUGUAAACA